AUGCAACAUAUUUGGUCUUUCCCAACCUCCAUUCUCACCAUCACCUACCCAAACCACUGGUCAACAUCAUCACCCACCGGAUUCGCUAGUAGGAUGGUCACCAACGCCUUAGCCUUACCUUUUUCGACUUGUUCCACCCUGUCUCCUUCUUGGCCUUUGUCGAUCGAGCACCAUGUUCAUAGAAAAGUCAUCGUAGGGCUAGGACAUGCACUUCACGCCAUUAUCGCAAUCGGGUAUGGAGGGAUGCUCACGUGUGUUGAGCUGAGUCGACGGACAUUUCAGCACGUGAACACCGCCCCAUGGGCUCGUAGUCGUGGUGUGGAGUGGACAGCUCUAUGGGUUAUCACGACUAACUGGAUUUGUUUCUUCCAAAUGGUCAUAAAAAUGGUCGUUGUUCUUGAUGGAAGCUGUCAGAAAUCUUCUAUGUGCUUGCCAGAAAAAGAAAUUGCAGUGUGA